AUGGGUAGCUGGAAAGGGCACACGCACAUGGAGGUUGGACCCGACGGGGUUGCCCUCAUCACCAUCGUCAAUCCUCCCGUCAAUUCUCUUUCCUUUGAUGUAUUGCGCAGUUUAAAGGAGAGUUUUGAUCAGGCGAUAAAGAGACAUGAUGUCAAGGCAAUUGUUGUUACAGGUGCAAAGGGGAAAUUUUCUGGAGGCUUUGAUAUUUCUGCAUUUGGUCGCAUUCAAGAGGCAAAGGAGCGUCCAAAACCUGGUUGGGUAUCAGUAGAAAUCAUCACUGACACUAUUGAAGCUGCUAGGAAACCAUCAGUAGCUGCCAUUGAUGGCCUUGCCUUGGGUGGGGGUUUAGAAGUUGCAAUGGCAUGCAAUGCUCGGUUAUCAACUCCAACUGCUCAAUUAGGCUUGCCUGAACUUCAGCUUGGAAUAAUUCCUGGAUUUGGAGGAACACAGCGACUUCCUCGUCUUGUUGGUUUGACGAAGGCACUUGAGAUGAUAUUGGUUGGUGAUCAGUCUAACAGCAUAUCUGCAGUUGUGUAUUUGAAGUUUACAGAUAUCACCAGAUUAGCUUCAAAACCAGUCAAAGGGAAGGAAGCUUUUAGUUUGGGGCUUGUAGAUGGUUUAGUGUCACCAAAUGAUUUGGUAAACACUGCACGCCAGUGGGCCUUGGAUAUCUUGAACCACCAGCGACCAUGGGUUGCUAGUCUUUAUAAGACCAACAAAUUAGAACCCCUUGGAGAAGCAAGAGAGAUUUUGAAAUUUGCACGAGCUCAGGCUCGAAAGCGAGCUCCUAACCUUUAUCAUCCUUUAGUUUGCAUUGAUGUUAUUGAGGCAGGAAUAGUGGCUGGUCCCCGUGCAGGACUCUGGAAGGAAGCUGAAGCAUUUGAAGGACUUGUGCAGUCAGAUACUUGCAAAAGCUUAGUUCACGUAUUUUUUGCUCAAAGAGGAACAACCAAGGUACCUGGGGUUACCGACCGUGGUCUGGUUCCAAGACAGAUCAAGAAGGUUGCCAUCCUUGGUGGAGGACUAAUGGGCUCUGGAAUAGCAACAGCUUUAAUUCUAAGCAACUAUCCUGUCAUCUUGAAAGAAGUAAAUGAGAAAUUCUUAGAUGCUGGUAUCAAUAGGAUUAAAGCAAACUUACAAAGCCGUGUUAAGAAAGGGAACAUGACCAAGCAAAAUUUUGAAAAGGCCAUCUCUCUUGUCAAAGGUUCCCUUGACUAUGAAAGCUUCAGAGACGUGGACAUGGUGAUAGAGGCUGUUAUUGAGAAUGUGUCCUUAAAGCAACAGAUCUUUGCUGAUCUUGAAAAAUAUUGUCCACCUCAUUGUAUACUUGCGAGUAACACAUCCACAAUUGACUUGAACAUGAUUGGAGAGAAGAUCAAAUCCAAAGAUCGAAUUGUUGGAGCCCAUUUCUUCAGUCCUGCACACGUUAUGCCACUUCUGGAAAUCGUACGUACGAAGCAGACCUCUCCCCAAGUGAUAGUUGACGUGUUAGAUAUUUCAAAGAAGAUCAAGAAAACACCAGUGGUGGUUGGAAACUGCACAGGAUUUGCUGUUAAUAGGAUGUUCUUCCCAUACACGCAAGCAGGUCUCUUGCUUGUUGAACGUGGUGCAGAUGUUUAUCAAAUUGACAGAGUAAUAACCAAAUUUGGAAUGCCCAUGGGUCCUUUCAGAUUGGUUGACCUUGUUGGAUUUGGUGUGGCGAUUGCUACUGGCUCACAAUUUAUUCAGAAUUUUCCUGAGAGAACUUAUAAAUCAAUGCUUAUUCCACUUCUGCAAGAAGAUAAGAGAGCUGGUGAAACAACUCGCAAAGGGUUUUAUUUGUAUGACGAUAAACGCAAGGCUAGUCCUGAUCCUGAAUUGAAAAACUAUAUUGAGAAGGCUAGGGGCAUUUCUGGUGUCUCUGUUGAUCCUAAGCUUGCCAAGUUACAAGAAAAGGAUAUCGUCGAGAUGAUAUUCUUUCCUGUGGUGAACGAGGCUUGUCGGGUCCUUGAUGAAGGGAUUGCUGUCAAAGCAGCAGAUCUCGAUAUUUCUGCCAUCAUGGGCAUGGGUUUUCCACCUUACAGGGGAGGCAUCAUAUUCUGGGCUGAUUCUCUUGGAUCCAAGUACAUAUAUUCAAGAUUAGAAAAAUGGUCAGAGUUGUAUGGAGAAUUCUUUAAGCCCUGUGCCUACUUGGCUGCAAGAGCUGCCAAAGGAAUUCCUCUGGUGAGUUGGGAUUGUAUGGAAAUCAGUGCCCCUGUGGAGCAGGCAAAGUCACGGAUUCAAACGAGUGGCAUCACAAUGGGAAGCAGAGGACACACGCUCAUGGAGGUUGGACCUGAUGGGGUUGCCGUCAUCACCAUCGUCAACCCUCCUGUUAAUUCUCUCUCCUACGAUGGUACAUUUGACCCUUCCGAUUCUAUUACUGAAGAUACUCUAUGUUCUGUUGCUAAUUUAUUCUUCUGUUUCUUUGUCUCUUUUCUCUCUCUAGUACUGCGCAGUUUUAAGCAGCACUUUGAUCAGGCUCUACGCAGAGACGAUGUCAAGGCAUUUGUUGUUACAGGUGCAAAGGGAAAAUUUUCUGGAGGCUUUGAUAUUUCUGCAUUUGGUGAUGAAGAGCCAAAAGAGCGUCCAAAACCUGGUUGGUUAUCGGUGGAAAUCAUCACUGAUACUAUAGAAGCGGCUAGGAAGCCAUUGGUUGCAGCCAUUGAUGGCCUUGCCUUGGGUGGGGGCUUAGAAUUUGCAAUGGCAUGUAAUGCUCGGUUAUCAACCCCAACUGCUCAGCUAGGUUUGCCUGAACUUCAGCUUGGAAUAAUUCCUGGACUUGGAGGAACACAGCGUCUUCCUCGUCUUGUUGGUUUGGCAAAGGCACUUGAGAUGAUGCUGACUUCUAAGCCAGUUAAAGGGAAGGAAGCUUUUAGUUUGGGGCUUGUAGAUGGUUUGGUGUCACCUGAUGAUCUGGUGAAAGCUGCACGACAGUGGGCCUUGGAUAUUGUCGGCCAUCAGCGACCAUGGAUCGCUACUCUUUAUAAGACUGACAAAUUAGAACCCCUUGGAGAAGCAGUAGAGAUUUUGAAAUUUGCUCGAGCUCAGGCUCAAAAACGGGCUCCCAACCUCCAGCAUCCUUUGGUUUGCAUUGAUGUUAUUGAAGCAGGAGUAGUUGCUGGUCCCCGGGCAGGACUCUGGAAGGAAGCUGAAGCAUCUGAAGUACUUGUAAAGUCAGAUACUUGCAAAAGCUUAAUUCACAUAUUUUUUGCUCAAAGAGGAACGUCCAAGAUACCUGGGGUUACUGAUCGUGGUCUGGUUCCAAGAAAUGUUAAGAAGGUUGCCAUCCUUGGUGGAGGACUAAUGGGCUCUGGAAUAGCAACAGCUUUAAUUCUUAGCAGCUAUCCUGUCAUUUUGAAAGAAGUAAAUGACAAGUUCUUAGAUGCUGGUAUCAAUAGAAUUAAAGCAAACUUACAGAGCCGUGUUACAAAAGGUAAACUGACCCAAGAAAAUUUUGAAAAGGCAGUCUCUCUUCUCAAAGGUACCCUUGAUUAUGAAAGCUUCAGAGAUGUGGACAUGGUGAUAGAGGCUGUUAUUGAGAAUGUUUCCUUAAAGCAGCAGAUCUUUACUGAUGUUGAAAAGCAUUGUCCACCUCAUUGUAUACUUGCAAGUAACACUUCCACAAUUGACCUCAACCUGAUUGGAGAGAGGACCAAGUCUAAAGAUCGAAUUGUUGGAGCCCAUUUUUUCAGUCCUGCACAUGUUAUGCCACUUCUGGAAAUUGUGCGUACCAACCAUACCUCUCCCCAAGUGAUAGUUGACGUGUUAAAUAUUUCGAAGAAGAUAAAGAAAACUCCGGUGGUGGUUGGAAACUGCACAGGAUUUGCUGUUAAUAGAAUGUUUUUCCCAUAUACACAAGCUGGUCUCUUGCUUGUUGAACGUGGUGCAGAUUUUUAUCAAAUUGAUAAAGUUAUAAGCAAAUUUGGAAUGCCCAUGGGGCCUUUUAGAUUGGUUGACCUUGUUGGGUUUGGUGUGGCGAUUGCUACUGGCAUGCAAUUUAUUGAGAAUUUUCCUGAGAGAACUUAUAAAUCAAUGCUCAUUCCCCUUCUUCAAGAAGAUAAGAGAGCUGGCGAAACGACUCGGAAAGGAUUUUAUUUGUAUGAUGAUAAACGCAAGGCUAGUCCUGAUUCUGAAUUGAAAAACUAUAUUGAGAAGGCUAGGAGCAUUACUGGUGUCUCCGUUGAUCCUAAGCUUGUAAAGUUACAAGAAAAGGACAUCAUUGAGAUGAUAUUCUUUCCUGUGGUGAAUGAAGCUUGUCGGGUCCUUGGCGAAGGUAUUGCAGUCAAAGCAGCUGAUCUCGAUAUUGCCUCAGUCAUGGGCAUGGGUUUUCCACCUUACAGAGGAGGUAUAAUAUUCUGGGCUGACACUCUUGGAUCCAAGUACAUAUAUUCAAAAUUGGAGAAAUGGUCAGAGUUGUACGGAGAAUUCUUCAAGCCUUGUUCCUACUUGGCUGUAAGAGCCGCCGAAGGAAUUCCUCUGAGUGCCACUGUGGAGCAGGCAAAUUCACGGUUGUAA